AGAUUUUUAAAAGAAAUCGUAUCCAAAAGUUCAUUGCCAGGACGCCGUGACACACAAAUUAUGAAGCUGGUGUGGACCGUCUUCAAUACGACGUAUACUCCAUCGUGUGACGACAAUCAUAGAGGCACUACUUUAAAUCAAGUGCUGAAUCUCGUUGCUGAGAUUUUGCGAAACUUUCCAGAGCCAGAGGAGCUGGUGUGCGCCCUUCCUAACAAGACAGUUGCGGAUGCAUAUGUGUGGAUUUCCGACAAGCUGAGACUUCAGGAUGUCGCAAGGAGAAUUGUGUCGAUUGCGAAUAAUUCUGCAGUACCAACAUCGAGUUGCACAAGUGUACCAACUAUCCUUAUGAAAUCAGCGAGCAUUUUCUGGAAAUACGUUCAAGUCUUUAUCUCUGGCGAUAAACGCGGAAUCGUUGCACCGUGUCUCGAAGGAUUUCGACGUGGACCUCUGAAAGAUAGUGCUGACAGGCACUUUGCCGUGGCAUCACACAUUUUUGACUUUGCAAGAGGACUUUUUAAACGUGAUUCUUCAAACAACACAGUUCUGAACUUUUUGGUGAACAAGUUAAUGUCCCAACUUCCUGUUUAUGCACCAAUGUAUCAAGUUUUUAAUGCCGAGUUGUUAAAAAAAGCCCUGGACGAAGAUCGAACUCUUUUUGAUACCUCAAGGCUUGACCAAGUGAUGAGCGCAAAAAUAAAUCUGAACUGGCUUGUUCGCCACAACUUCUCACAGAACGCAUUACUAGACGCCUUGUGCAGCCAGCCCGAGAGGUAUUUGUUGUUAAGUGAAGUGCACAAUGGAAGAAAAAAUAUAUGCAACCAGAAGCUAGCAAACACUGCAAUAAAGUUUCUUCGGCAGCCUUCCAAAAUAUAUGCAAGAGUGCUGCAAGAGCAGAAAGACAGCUUUUUCUCGGGCCAAUGGUUGCGCGACACCCUGAGCGAUGCAAGUGCUUUAUGGAGCUGGAUAUCUGAACUGCUGUCAUCCACUACGACUGCGUCGUUCAAUGGUUCCGAUGGGAGCUUGGCCAACAAGUUGUCAUCAAUUGUUGCAAUGUUCAAUGAAGAUGUCCUUGGAAAGAUAACGAAAAACUUGGAUAGAAUCCAGAUAAAGCUAGCUACAAUAUUUCCGGGCGGUUCAAUAACGGAGUACUUGAACCUUGUUCUUGAAGGAUUCAAAGGCCUUUCGAAUCUCCAGAAAGCCCAUCUUUUUGAUCUAACUUACACAGUUAAAGACAUCCUUGUUGACAAGAAUGAAGCAAAAAGGAUUAUAAAGCGUGAGCUCAAUAUGACAUCUGAAAAAAUAGACGAAAUACUUGAAACAUCGCUGGAUCUUGCAUCGUUUCUUGAAGCUGGCAACUACAGCAACAUUACCAAUGCUUUAUUUUGUAAUGGCACCUCGGCCUUAUCUACUCCCUACAACGGGACUCUGAAGAACAGGGCCGACUUUUGCCUAUCGCAAGAAAGUGGUCUUUAUCGGCCAGUUUCGAACCUUGUUUCUUCAAAGAUUCUGAAAAACUUUGCUGACAUUGCUUUUGAAGGUAUCCUCCAGACGUCUAGUCUGAGUCGUCAGAUGGUCAAAUCGGCACUUGGAGACUUGGGCACAGCGCCAACAGUUGUCCCCGAGAUAAGGCACAAGCUGUCGCUGCUAGCAUCAACUCUGGAUCAACGGACCACAAAGGCCCUUUCGAACCUCAAUAUAACCGAAGACGGAAUCAGCGUCUUGACGUCUCCGUCAGCUCUCAAGCUUGUUGGUACAAUGCUAUGCGGCAAGCCACUCAAAGCACUGCAAGAACAGUUUCACUUGCUCGAUGCAUCUCCACGAGAACCGACACUGGAUGCGAGGGAAACAGAAGAACUUCCAAGUCAGUUUUGUCGUCGGGGAUACGAGCAAGUGAUGCGUCUAAGUGGUGGCCCCAUAAUAUGGGGGUUCCUGAAACCAAUCCUACGUGGACAAAUACUGUACAGCCCGAAAACGCCAGAAGCUCUACAAGUCAUGCAACAGAUUAACCAAACAUUUGACACGAUGUCAGUCCUAAUUGAUGCUCUUCACGCUUGGAGUGAAGGCACCAGUGGACUCAAAUUCCUGACUAAAAAAGGCAGCGUACUUUCCAAACUGAAGGCCAUUGUCACAUCAGAAAACCUUGAGUCGGUUCUUGCUGAUGCUCUGGGCAGUGACAUGCAGAUGUUUCUAAAAGAACUGAAUGUUGGAGAAUUGCGACGGGAGUUUGGAGACCUAGGCGGUCUACUUGACCUAGUUCAGCUGGUGGGAAGCAUAUCCCAAUGCUUUGAUCUGGACAGAUUUGUUGGAUUUGAUGAUGAAGCAGCUCUGGAAAAAGCUGCAAAGAGUCUUAGCGCACAAAGACAAUUUAUCGCAGCUGUGGUUUUUCUGAACUUGGAUAACAAGAGCAGCGCAACAUUGAGUAAUGGCUCCAAAGUCAGGCUAGCUCUGCCUCCUCUGGUUCACUACAAGAUACGAAUGGACAUAGAUAAUGUACCUCUCACAAAAACAGUAAGAAGCAGGUUCUGGAAGCCCGGACCCAGAGAUGACUUCCUGGAUGACAUGAGAUACCUGAGAGGAUUUGCACACUUUCAAGAACUGGUUGAUAGGGCCAUCAUUUCUCUGCAUACUGGAAACGAUCUGUCCCACUAUCCUCCCUCUUACGUUCAACAGUUCCCAUAUCCAUGCUACAUCAAAGACACAGUGGGCUACUAUAUCAAGGCAAUGCUUCCACUGGUUUUUACACUGUCCUGGAUAUUUCUGGUCGCCUUCUUCGUGCGUGAAAGGGUUCUUCCGAGAGAACUGCAUCUAGAAGAGAUAAUGCAGGUGAUGGGCUUGAGGCCGUGGGUUGACUGGACUGCCUGGUUUCUGACUUGCAUUGCUAUCUCACUUGCGGUUGUGCUCAUCAACACCAUCAUUCUGUCCUACGGCGGUGUGUUGCCACACAGCGAACCAAGUUUGCUCUUCGUGUUCUAUGGAACUUUUGCCCUCUCUGUUCUUGCGUACUGUCACUUGGUCAGCGUGUUCUUCCACACAGCGACCGUUGCUUCGCUAACGGGGAUUGUGGGAUACCUCGUUAGCUUUCUUCCAUUCGUGAUUGCAGUGUCUAUGGAAGCCAAUCUUGCGCUGGCACACAAACUUCUUCUGGGCUUGUCUAUGUCGACAUCUUUCAGCUACGGCUGCCUGUACGUCAGUCGAUUGGAAGAACAAGGCUUAGGAGCCCAGUGGGACGCUCUCUGGGAAAGCCCUAUUCCAGGGGACAGCAUGAACUUUGGGUACUGCAUUGGACUGCUGCUGUUUGACAGCAUUAUUUACCUACUUGUGGCCUUUGUCGUAUCCUCGGUGUUUCAAAGAAACAAAAUAUUCCAAACCACGUGGUACUCUUGCUUUUUGUUCUGGAAGCCUCGCCCGGAAAAGCUAUAUUGCCCGCCUGGCUCACUGAGUAUCGACCUCAAAUCACAGCUGCCGCAUGCUGCCAGCAAAUGCCCUGGUCAAAGCCUCAUGCCUGCAACCGGAAUAGCCAUAAAAGACUUAAGCGUCACUUACAACCCUGGAAAACCCACAGAACGUUUCGCUGUUUCACAUCUCUCUUUGGAUUUUGAGGAGGGCCACAUCAACACGCUCCUCGGACAGAAUGGAGCAGGAAAAACGACCACAAUAAAAGUUCUGACUGGUCAGUGCUCGCCUACGUCCGGCGACGUGUUCAUUUAUGGAAGGAGCAUUACUGACCAACGUGCUGAGUUCAGAAAGUACCUGGGCUACUGUCCACAGUAUAACACACUCUAUGCAAAGAUGACAGUGAAGGAACAUCUGAUUUUUUUCGGCAACCUCAAAGGACUAAUGUCAGCUGAAGAAGUUGAGGAAGACGUUGAAAUAAUGCUGAAGCAAAUGAAUCUUGCGCAUAUGAGGGAUGAGCAGGCCUGCCGCCUAUCUGGAGGAUUGCAACGAAGGCUAUGUGUUGCGUUUUCCUUUAUUGGAGGCUCCAAGCUGGUCAUCCUUGAUGAGCCUACAAGCAGCGUUGAUCCAAUGGCGCGACGAAACAUCUGGGAUCUGAUUCUAAAGCACAAACACGAUCGCACCAUCUUACUGACAACACAUCACAUGGAUGAGGCCGAUGUUUUGAGUGACAAAGUGGCAAUCAUUCACAAGGGAUGUUUGCUGUGCGACGGCUCUCCUCUUGUUCUCAAGAGCAAGUUCGGCUGCGGCUACCAGCUUUCUUUAACGAGGUCUUCGUCGGAACCUGCUGCGGACAGUGAUUCUGGCCACUCUUCGAACAUAUCGAGAACAAGUGCCGACGAUGACAUCACUGAUCUGCAAGGUAUUCUCAAGGUCAUCCGGAGUGUUGUCCCGCUGGCUCAGGUGGCAAACGACCACGGAGGAGGGGAGGUGGUUAUCAGCCUUCCUCAGCGGGAUCCAACCGAGAACACGGUCUACCCGUUUUCAGAGCUGAUCUCAGUCCUCGACGAACGCAUGCUUGAGUUCGGCUUCGGAACCUACGGGUUUUCUAGUACAACCUUGGAAGAAGUGUUUCUGUCACUGUGCGCGGUUUGUGACACUGAGUACGGUUCCAAAGCAGCAGCGCAGUCUCUCCAGUCAUUGUCACAGGCUGCAAUGAUCAGGCUGCACGACAAAUUAGACAGAACGCACUCGAAGGAUACUCCAGUGAUCGGAGGAGAGCGCAGCCUUUCCGGGGGACAUGGACUUUCUGGUAGUGCCCUGAAGAAGAGCCAGUUCAAAGCACUGUUAUUGAAGCGGUUGUACCACACCGUGAACAACUGGAAGGCCAUCUUCUUCAGCAUUGUGCUGCCUUGCAUGUUCAUUGCUUUGGCCAUGGGGUUCACGUUGAUUGUUCCAGUUCCAAAACCGGAGCCGUCGCUUCGGCUCACAACUCAGCUCUACGGGCCAGGGGCGACUGCUUUUAUUAGUGAGAAACCACCGACGCCAAUAUCAGAACGGUUGCUCUCGCCUCCUGGAAUCGGGACAUCCUGCGUGGGCAAGAAUAGAGCAAGCUCUCACUGUGGAAUCCGGCUCAAAGAAGUCAAGAGUGAGAAACCAACGCUGAAGGGAAUUCUACACAACACGUGCGACCUACCGGAUAUUAAACAGCAACUGCGAGGUGUCCCAACCAUUACCUCUGAAACUUCCGAUGUCACCUACAACAUCAGUGGGUUAGAUAUAUCGGACCACCUCCUUGGCUCUUACUCUGCUUUCAUAGAAAGAAGGUAUGGAGGGUGGUCCUUUGAAAAGGAUCACGUGAAGGUGUGGUACGACAACACUGGCUACCAUGCUUUGCCAGCGUAUCAGAACGCGCUAAGUAACGCCGUACUAAGAUCCAUGCUCAGCAACUCCAGCUCACCCCUCAAAGCAUCAUCAGUGGGAAUCACUGUUUACAACCAUCCUUUGCAUUUGUCGUCUGAGCAGCUUGGAAAAGAAACAAUCGUGAGCCACGUGGCCGAAGUUGGCAUCGCCAUCGUUAUACUCAUGGGCUUGUCCUUCAUCCCAUCACGCGUCGUGGUCUACGUUGUGAAUGAGCGUGUCCGCGACGAAAAACAAGUUCAAAGAAUAUCGGGCAUCGGACCCUUGCUCUACUGGACCACGACAUUCAUCUGGGACAUGGGUCUUGUCUUGGCAGCUGUGAUCUUGUCCUGCCUCAUCAUCGUUGCUUUCGGGCUACCUGUCUAUGUCAGCAAGCUAAACUUCCCUGCGGUUGCUCUUCUUAUGGUCUUGUUUGGGUGGGGAGCGACGCCGUUGAUGUACUGCCUCUCACGACUGUUCGAAGAAGCAAGCAUAUCUUUUGUCGUGCUGUACUGCGUGAACCUCUUCGUAGGUCUCAACAUAGCUAUUAUCAUACUGGUCCUCAACGUUGUGCAAUUCAGUUUUAAAGACCAGCGAAUCCUUUCGGCGGUGCAGAAUCUGGCUUUGAUAUUUCCGCAGUAUGCCCUGAUUGGUGGACUGGUCAGUUUGACCAAAAACCAGAUCCAAGCUGAUGUGUACCAGCGGUUUGGUCAAGACACCUACGAGUCUCCUUUCAGCGAGCGGAUUCUGGCUUAUAACUACUGCGCCAUGUUUCUUGUUGGAGUCAUCUGCUUUUGCGUUAAUCUUGUGUUCGAGUACCACUUCAUCAGAGGGCGAAAGUCUCAGCCCUUGGAAAGACAGUCUUCGGUGCCUAACGAGGACUGCGACGUAUCAGCAGAGCGAUCACGCACCACAGGCGAUGUCGGGAAACAGGACGUACUCAGAGUUGUGGACGUGGUUAAGGUAUACCAUCAGGGAUACAAGGCCGUGAACAAUGUGUCAUUCGGAAUACCCAAAGGCGAGUGUUUUGGACUGCUUGGAGUAAAUGGAGCAGGAAAAACCACGCUGUUUCGAAUUCUUACUGGACAGCUGCAACCCACUAAGGGCGGAGCAUUCAUUCAAGACAAGAGUUUGGCCAAGGUCUUCUCAAAGGGCACUCAACUUGUUGGCUACUGUCCUCAAGCAGACGCCCUCGAUGAUUUGCUUUCUCCUAGACAGCAUCUUGUUAUUUACGCAAUGAUGCGUGGAAUCUCACAGUCCAGAAUGAAGAUGGUGGUUGAAGAAGCGCUUGCAAGAUUCCAGCUCACAAUGUACAGCAAUCACCGGGUUGGAACUUUGAGCAGAGGAACGCGACGGAAGGUGUGCACAGCCAUCUCGAUGCUUGGAGACCCCCAGCUCGUCCUUCUGGACGAGCCAACCAGUGGGAUGGAUCCAGUGACACGUCGGCUGGUCUGGGCUAAUGUCUCUGAGGCGGUUCGAGACAAACGCUCAGUGUUGCUGACAUCACACAGCAUGGCCGAGUGCGAUCUUCUGUGUUCGCGCCUCGCAAUCAUGGUGAACGGGAAGCUUCGCUGUGUUGGCAGUCCUCAGUAUCUGAAACACAAAUUUGGAGCCGGCUACACCGUUACACUUCGCAUGGUCGAAAAUCCAAUGGACUGGGAACGCAUAAUUUGUUUUAUUUGUUCCGCUUUCCCAACAGCGUCACUAAAGGCACACCACUACAACAUCGUGGAGUUUAGCCUGCCUUUGAAACAGGUCACACUUUCUUCUGUAUUCAAGUUCUUGGAAACGAACGGAAGCAAGAUGGGCAUUCUGGACUUUUCGGUUUCACAGACUACUCUAGAUCAGGUGUUUGUGAACUUCGCCCGGCAGCAGUCAGAUGAAUCAGCAUGCGCCGAAGAAGAAGAUGACGGCACCGUCGGAACGAGCCAGGAGCAAGCCAUCGUCGCUAAAGACGAGUUCUCGGGGGUGCAGGUCGUGACGCCAGGAGCACCCGCCAUUCCCGAGUACGAGUGCGAGUGCGAGAAUACCAAGUUUUAGCGGUCACGAGACGUAGAGUGGCGGCUGCAUGAGCUCUUGGUCAACACCACCUCCAACCACGGGCAUCUCAAGAAACGCCGAGCGUGGCCUGUCCUGAGCAUCUCAUUAGCGCUCCACAACCAAUCAGACUGCAGCGAGCAUCUUGUCAUCUUUCCACAGCCAAUUAGAUUGAAGAGAACAUCUCAUUAUCACUCCACAGCCUAUCGAAUUCUAGCGAGCAUCUUAUUAUCGUUCCACAGCCAAUCAGAUGGCAGCGAGCAUCUUAUUAUCGCUCCGCAACCAAUCAGAUUGCAGCAAACAUCUCAUUAGCUCUCCACAGUUAAUGAGGUUGUAGCGAGCAUAUCCUUUAUCGCUCCACAGCCAAUCAGAUAGCGGCAUCAGCUGAUAAGAACCCCGAAAAACCAAUCACGAUGCCAGAAAGAUACUAAGCCGCGCCCUGCACUAAUUCUUGGGCUGUGAGUGACUGCAGAAUAAUAAAAGCACGUGAACUAGUGUUUUGACGUUAUCACACGAGCGCUGCGUCAGCGUUCGGCUGGGCCUCGUGUCCUGUCAAUGCGUCGAAGGACGUUCGAUGUCGUUCGGGCUCGGUUCCCACUUGCCGACUGGCGCCAUUCGAGUGCCUGGUAACGUUACGCGGAGAAGGCUGUUCAGAAGUCUUCAUUAUCCUAGGCGGUGUUGUCUAGGUGCUACUGUCGAAACCGGUUAUAACGAAGUCGGCUAUAACAAAAUAGUGGCUACAGCGAAGUGGUCACGAUUUCUCAUUCCUUUUGCAUUUCGCUACAGCCGAAGUCGGUUAUAACGAAAUAGCGGAUAUUACGAAGUGAUUUCCGAUUCCCUUUGACUUCGUUAUAACCGAAGUCGGUUGGUUAUAACAAAAUAGCGGAUAUAGCGAAGUGAUUUUCGAUUCCCGUUGAGUUUGUUAUGACUGAAGUCGGUUAUAACGAAAUAGCGGAUACAGCGAAGUGAUUUCCGAUUUUCGUUGGCUUCGUUAUAACCGGUCUCGACAUACCAGUUUCAGAACGAAGAUUUGCUGGCUGACAUGGCUGCGUCAGCAAAUCAGUCGGGGCAUUUGUUUUCGUUUUCUUAGUAAUGCGAGAAACUCUUGCAUCGCUAUAGCAUUGUUAAUAAGCGUGAGUCCCACUGGAUACUGAUUAUACAUGCCGGUCGGUCGUAUUUUGUAUUUUUUUUUUACCUUCUGAUGGAUCGUUAAUAAAAUGACCGAUACAUUCAACAUGGAAUGUGAGCUGUGUGUAAUUAUGUACCAAUAAAGCGUCGAUUACUGAUAUACUUUGUA